CGGUACUGAUUUAGUUAUAAAAAUUUAAUUUAUUUUUGUAAAAAAACCCAACAGCCCAUAAGGCCAUUUAUUCAUUUUUCACGGUUUUUAGUCUUUUUACUCUAGGGUUUUCUACUUUUCCUUCCAGCCUCCAUCUUCUUUGAUUCUCUCUGGCUCUCCGUUCUCCUCUCUUUUCUCAUCCUCUCUUUUCUCAUCUUCUACUCUUCUCUGAUUUUCUCGUUCUCUCCUCAAAAUCUCAUCCUUCCUGAGUUCCUGAUUCUCUCGGUCUUCUCUGAAUCUCUGCCUUCUUUGGUACCGAACGCCUUCUCCAUAAGUCUUUCCUCACUUUUUUCACUUUUGGUCCGUUUGAUUUUCCUUCAUUUUCGCCGAAUUGUGAAUUCAUAUAUACUAUAUUUUUUUUUUGGUUAAUUGUUUGAUUUUGAUUCAGAUUUAUGAAUUAUUUUGGCUGAAUUGCUGCGAAUUGGUUUAUUAUUCUAUUUCAAUGUAAUUUGAGUAUGAGACAUGAGUUCGUUCUUGCUUGAAUUUAUGAUCUGCCUAACUGUUAUUGCUUGCUUAUGGAAAAUGCGAAUCACUUUUUGGUAAUGGUACUUUGAAUAAGACCGGGUACCCGGUUUUGGAAACGGUUCUGGGACCAUUUCCAAGAAACUUGGAUCCGGUAUUAACCGAUUUCGGGACCAGUUCUAAUUCUUGAGACCCGGUCAUAACCGGUUCCGGAUCCGGGCAUUGUAAAUAUGACCUGGUACCCGGUCUUGCUCACCCCUACUUAUGUUACCAUACUUUCCUUUCGUUUGUUGUAAACUCAGUUUAAUUAAUGUAAUUUCAGCCGUUUUCAAAAUUAAAAAAAAUAAGAAAAUAAAAAAAUUACAAACAAAUUAUACGAGGUUUGGUGUGAAAAUAGCAAUUGAGAAAUAGAAGCGUAAAGAUAAACUAAUAAUCUGUACUUUUUAAAACAAGUUUACUCUAAACCAUUAUAAGGUCUGCCCUGGCUCAUAAUUAGACAAUCGUAUAAAGACUCAGCCCAUUUAUUUAUUAGACGGAUCUAACCCAUUAAUAACUGUGGCGGGUCAUGGGUCAUGGCUUUUAACAGGGAUCCAAGGCGUCCAACCCAUUGAAUUGCUUCUAUUGUUGCCGUUCUCCGUUGAAUCUAGUUCUUGUAUCCCCCAUUGAAGCAGCUUCUGAGGAUUGAAUGAAAUCAGAUUCGUCCCCUGCUCCGUGGAAAUGGAGAAAGGUAGCUUAUGGAGGUAUGCAGGCGGGUUUUGAUGACAAUUAUACCGGUGAUUCAUUCCUCGAGGAUAUGGUGACAAAUGCUAAUGUUGUGAAGAGGGACUUGUGUAAGGUGAUCCUUGAUUCAGUGUCCAUUUCCCAGUAUCUUUGCACUGUCAUCCUUGUGGUGUUGGUCUGGACCUACACUCUUGCCUCAACUAUUAGUUUAAAAUCCCUUUUGCUUCUUGAUAUAACUAUGCUAGUUUCAGGCUUCGUAGUUCUUAUUUUAACUGCCAGGAUGAUUUCCCUCAAACUCUUCGCCCAAUAUGCUCUUAACAUUUUGUAUUUCAUAACUGGGUUGUAUGCUUUGUCUCCAAUUUAUCACACUUUGACCAAAUCCAUUAGUUCAGAUUCCAUUUGGGCUCUAACUACUAUGCUUAUUGUCCUCCAUCUCUUUUUGCAUGACUACACUGGGUGCACUGUGAAGGAUCCUGGUUCUUUGACAAAUCCUACUUUAAGUAGCAAUAUCUCUUUGAACAUGUCCAUCAUUGCUUCGGUUUUGAUUGCUUCCCAACUCCAAUCAAGGCAACUUGUUUUUGCUAUUGUGCUGUUUUCCUUGCAGGUUUUCCUUUUUGCUCCUUUUGUUGCAUAUUGUAUCAAGAGAUACUCAUUCUGGUUGUAUCUAUGGUUUUCACUGGGAGUGGUGGGUCUCACUUUGGUGCUAGUUUAUAGACUGCAAGGAUUUUUCUUCGGCAUGCUUCUAGGAUUGCUGGUUUUUAUCACUUUCAUCUGUCCUUAUUGGCUUACCAGAAUUCAAAAAUACAAGUUUGAAAUAAAUGGCCCAUGGGAUGAGGCCAAGCUCUGUUUUGACAUAAAUGAAUAGUGUGUGUGUUGGACAAUCUCACACCAUCAUCUCUUUGGUCAGAGAAUCAUCAGAGAAUCAUCUUAAUCAGAAAUGAGGCUUGUAAAUUUGAUUAUUGUGAACCGACUCUAGUCUUUUAACCUCUGCAAGUGGAAGUCAUGGCUUGCCUUUUAUGCUCUUUGAUAAGCCAAGACUAAUUGGUUCUCCUCAUAUAUUCGACAGUCUCCUUGUCCGUCCUAUACCUUGAUAAAGGUUUGUGCUUAAAAACUGCUAUUCAGUGGGCACUGCAGGAUUUUCAGAAAUUAGGAGUAGGCUUCCAGGUUGGUGCUGCAAUUUGAAGGUUAUUGCAGAGCAAUUUGAGGAGUCCACAAUUUAGCAGUGAGUUGCAGGAAGGGCUAUAUUAAUACGUCUAACGGUUUUUGUUAUAGAAAGGAAGGAAUGGGGUUAAUCAGUAGAUAUUAUGAAGUUUUGAUAGUGUAGUAGGUUAGUUUCAUGUAACGAAAUUUUGUAAUGUAUGGGGUGGGAAAAUGUUUUCUCCCAUUGUUCAUGAUCAGUUUUGAUACAGUGUAUGUAGGGCAAUUUUAUGUAAUAAAAUUAUGUAAAUGUAUGGAGCUAAAGUUUUCUCCCAUUGUUCA